GCUGGCUGCCCGUUGGAAUCCGGCGGCGGGAGCUCCGGUGUCCCCCGCAAGAGGCGCGACAGCCCCGCCGGCCCGCAGAUGGAUCAACGGAGGCCUCUCGGUGCGCACAGCCGACGCACUCUAGCUCAUUUGCAUAUAGACGGGCGCGGCGCUGCGACAGGAGGGAGCGCGGGCGCGGCCCCGGGCCGUGGCGCGCGCGCGCCCUGACAGCUCGGCCCAGCUCGCUCACUCGCUCGUUCCCGGCUUCCGAGCACAGCAUGGCGGUCAAGGUGCACACAACCAAACGAGGUGAUCCUCAUGAGCUGAGAAACAUAUUCCUACAGUAUGCCAGCACUGAGGUGGACGGGGAGCAUUACAUGACUCCAGAAGACUUCGUCCAACGCUAUCUUGGCCUGUACAAUGAUCCAAACAGCAACCCAAAGAUUGUGCAGCUCUUGGCAGGAGUAGCUGAUCAAACCAAGGAUGGGUUGAUCUCCUAUCAAGAGUUUUUGGCAUUUGAAUCUGUUCUAUGUGCUCCAGAUUCCAUGUUCAUAGUGGCUUUCCAACUGUUUGACAAGAGUGGAAAUGGAGAGGUGACAUUUGAAAAUGUCAAGGAGAUUUUCGGACAGACUAUUAUCCAUCAUCACAUCCCUUUUAACUGGGACUGCGAGUUCAUCCGGCUGCACUUUGGGCACAACCGCAAGAAGCACCUGAACUAUGUGGAAUUCACUCAGUUCCUUCAGGAAUUGCAAUUGGAACACGCAAGGCAAGCCUUUGCGCUGAAAGACAAGAGCAAAAGCGGCAUGAUCUCAGGUCUGGAUUUCAGUGAUGUCAUGGUCACCAUCCGGUCCCACAUGCUCACUCCUUUUGUGGAGGAAAACCUGGUCUCAGCUGCCGGAGGGAGUACCUCACACCAAGUUAGCUUCUCCUACUUCAACGCAUUUAACUCCUUACUCAACAAUAUGGAGCUUGUUCGUAAGAUCUAUAGCACUUUAGCAGGCACGAGGAAAGAUAUUGAAGUCACCAAGGAGGAAUUUGCCCAGAGCGCCAUACGCUACGGACAGGUUACUCCACUAGAAAUUGAUAUCCUGUACCAGCUUGCGGACCUAUAUAAUGCUUCAGGGCGCUUGACUCUGGCAGACAUUGAGAGAAUAGCUCCACUGGCUGAGGGGGCCUUACCUUACAACCUGGCAGAGCUUCAGAGGCAGCAGUCCCCUGGCUUGGGCAGACCUAUCUGGCUCCAGAUUGCCGAGUCUGCGUACAGGUUCACUCUGGGCUCAGUUGCUGGAGCUGUGGGGGCCACUGCGGUAUAUCCCAUAGACCUGGUGAAGACCCGGAUGCAAAAUCAGCGUGGUACGGGCUCUGUGGUCGGGGAGCUGAUGUAUAAAAACAGCUUCGACUGUUUUAAGAAAGUGUUGCGCUACGAGGGUUUCUUUGGACUGUACCGAGGUCUGAUCCCACAGCUGAUAGGAGUUGCACCAGAAAAAGCCAUUAAGCUAACAGUUAAUGAUUUUGUCCGGGACAAAUUUACCAGAAGAGAUGGCUCUAUCCCACUGCCCGCAGAAAUCCUUGCUGGAGGUUGCGCUGGAGGCUCACAGGUCAUCUUUACCAACCCUCUGGAGAUAGUGAAGAUCCGCCUGCAGGUAGCUGGAGAGAUCACCACAGGACCGAGAGUCAGCGCUCUGAAUGUGCUUCAGGACUUGGGACUUUUUGGGCUGUACAAGGGUGCCAAAGCCUGUUUCCUCCGAGACAUUCCCUUCUCCGCGAUCUAUUUUCCUGUGUACGCUCACUGCAAACUCCUCCUGGCUGAUGAGAAUGGACAUGUGGGAGGCAUCAAUCUCCUAACAGCAGGAGCCAUGGCAGGUGUUCCUGCUGCUUCUCUGGUGACCCCUGCUGAUGUUAUCAAGACAAGACUGCAAGUGGCAGCCAGGGCUGGCCAGACCACAUACAGCGGGGUCAUCGACUGUUUCAGAAAGAUUCUCCGGGAAGAAGGGCCAUCGGCAUUUUGGAAAGGGACUGCAGCUCGUGUGUUUCGGUCCUCGCCUCAGUUUGGUGUCACUCUGGUUACCUACGAGCUUCUGCAGCGGUGGUUUUACAUAGAUUUUGGAGGCCUCAAACCUUCUGGCUCAGAACCAACACCAAAGUCACGUAUCGCAGACCUCCCUCCUGCCAACCCCGAUCACAUCGGUGGCUACAGACUUGCCACGGCCACUUUCGCUGGCAUCGAAAACAAGUUUGGCCUUUACCUCCCCAAGUUUAAGUCUCCUAGUGUAGCCGUGGCUCAGCCCAAGGUGGCAGCAGCAGCUCAAUGACAUAGCAACUACAGACCGAGGCCCAGGAUAAUGGGUGGUACCGUGUCCAGUCAGCUGCAUGGUACUGUCUGCGCUGGGGUCAACCACUUUCUAUACGACCUAUACAUGUAUUGUUUAUAAAGUGAUCAUACGCCCAGGGAGAACCACAGUGCAGUUUCAAGCUUUAGUCUUACUUGUUGAAAUGUUUUCUGAGCCUUGGCAUGAAUUACGUGUUCUAGACUCUGCUUCGCACAGCUUGUACCUACAGUGACUGUACAUAUUGUACAUCUUUGUACAGAGACACCUUGGCACCUCAUCCCAACAAAUCACGUUUAUAGACAUGUAAUGCUGUUCUGAGUGGCUUGAACUGUACAGAAUGUUUUGAAAGUGUUUUAUUAAGAAUCAUGUAAGAAUAAAUGUACUAAAGUUAAAUUCAUUCUCCUCUUGGUGACUUAUGGAAAUCAAGCAUCCGUGUUGAAUGUAUCCAGUUUCAGUUUGUUUUCCAUUCUGGAAUAGGAAGGUAUUUGCUGAUAAAAGGCAGAGUGAAACUUAAUGCUCACCACAUUAAAUAAGAAAUUCGUGGGAAGGGUGCCUGCCUGUGGAUGCCGGUGGACCAGCUGGUGACUCACCGGCUGCUGUGUUUCCAGUCAAUUGCAGCUGAGUGUCAACUGAAAGCAAUUCCUUGUGUACACACACACACACACACACACACACACACACAUACACACGCGCGCGGGAACAGGGUGGGCUCCAGCACGGCUCGCUUAGUUUUGCUCUUCUCCUAUGCAGCGAGGUAAAGGUCAAGAUGUUGAAAGAGUAAAGUUUGGAAGUUUCCCUUCAUAAAGUAUGAUACGAAUCAAAAAUAAAAGCACACCAAAAUGUC